GGCUCGUUCUUCUCCACUCUUUCUAAUGUCCGGCCAAACUCUAAAGCAAACUUUCCAGACCUAAUUCCUCGGGGGAUAGGCUGUGUGUGGCGGAGAAGAAAUGGCGAUGGCGGCCAUCGCGCCAAGCAGCUUGUUUGGAAGCGCGCUGGUCUCUCGUCGCGGCAAUCCAAGCUAUGGCGUUCCUGGCAGCCGCUCCAUGCCGUGUGUUCGUGCGGCUUCUCCCAAGCUGAAAGGAAUAGAUCUUCCUAAAGAGAAUCCCAAGCUUCCAGUGGCGUUCUGGGGAUUCACAAGCACGGCCGAGUUGUGGAAUGCUCGUACUGCGAUGCUGGGCAUUGUCGGAAUGACGCUCGUGGAACUGAUCCUGGGAAGAGGCAUUUUGCAAACUUUUGGGAUUGAAGUCGGCAAAGGCCUCAAUCUUCCACUGUGAUUCUUGUGAUCUAUACCACUUCCAGGUCUUUCAACUUCCUGGCUAAAGCUAGAACGCUCAUAGUAACAUCGUGAUCGAGGAAACGAGGUAUUUUUCUUCUCUUCUUAGUUCCUCGCAGUGGGUUCCUUCCAGAGCUCCAGGGAGAUGGCGUGGGAGGCGCUGGCCAAGAUGAGGGACGCAAAUCCACUCGUCCAGUGCAUCACGAACUUCGUGUCCAUGGAUUUCAUGGCCAACACGCUUCUCGCCACCGGAGCAUCCCCGGCGAUGGCGCAUGCCAUCGACGAGAUCGACGAGUUCGUCGCCAUAGCCGACUCUCUGUGUAUCAACGCCGGCACCCUCUCGCCCGAGUGGCUCGCGUCGAUGAAGGCCGCUGGAGCGAGAGCUCGGCAACUCAACAAGCCUUGGGUCCUGGAUCCCGUCGCCGCCGGCGCCACCAGCUUUCGAACCUCGGCCUGCAUCGAGCUCCUCGCUCUCGGCCCCUCGAUCGUGAGAGGCAAUGCUUCCGAGAUCCUUGCGCUGUCCAGAGCGUCAAAUCUUCCGCCCACCAAGGGAGUGGACAGUGCCCAUGAUCCGUCCCAGGCUCUCGGAGCAGCAAAAUCGCUGGCGGAGAAGUAUCACUGCGUCGUCGCGGUCUCUGGAGCGGUGGACUUGGUCACGGACGGGACGAGAGUGGUGAGCGUGAGCAAUGGAGUGCCGAUGCUCCAGAAGAUCACUGCGUCUGGCUGCUCGGUCACGGCUCUCAUCGCCGCGUUUGCAGCGGUCUACCCCCGCGAGCAGCACCUAGAGGCUUGCGCGUUUGCUCUAGCGCUCUUCGGCCUGGCCGGAGAGAUCGGCAUGAGCAAGGCAAGCGGCCCGGCCUCUCUCCGGCUCCAACUUAUCGACGCUCUUCACGGGCUUGAUCAAGCCACAGUCUCAUCCGGAGUGAAAAUCUCGGAGGCAAGCUGAAAGAAGAGUUUGUUCUCGAUAGAAUGGAGAAGAACAAGAGUUUGAUACCUGAUAGAAGGAAGCUCUUGUGAAAAUCCUCGGCUGGAAAUCUUUAAGGUGUUCUAGCUUUGCUC